UUGCGUUAACUAACUAAUUAUUCAUCUAAAUAAUGUCCAGUUUCUGUACAGUUCAUUCUUUAACCAUAAUCAGUAUUGUUAUCAUUAUUUUAUUGAAUCCUGCUUCAAUGAAAUCCAUUUUGAAAACCAAGCCUACAACUACAUUUAUUAAAACAAGGAAGGAUUUUUUAGAAAUUCUGUCAAAAUGGCCGACAGAAGUCAGCAAUAAUUUAAAGUUACAUGUUAAAGAUUCACAUUUCGUUGAUAUAAUAAAAGUAUUUAAUUUAUGCGCAAAAUCAAAAGAAGAUGUACCGAUGCUUAUUGAAAAUAGUGACUUCAUUUUUAGUCAACCAAAUUUUUGUUACAAACAGUCUAAUCUAUGGAUUUUGUUAGUUGUACACACUCAUCCAAGCCAUCGUCAGAAGAGAGAUUUAAUUCGUGGAACAUGGGGAUCAUUAAACCGUGUUAAGAAUCGUAAAAUUGGUGUUCUUUUCUUUAUGGGUCUGCCAAAUAAUUCUAAAGAACAGAAACUAAUUGUGGAGGAAGAACGAAUUCAUGGUGACAUUGUUCAACGUGCAUUUUUUGAAGAUUACUACAAUAUGACAAGGAAACAUAUAACAAUUAUGGAAUGGAUUACUAAAGGUUAUUGUAACAAUGUGCCGUUUCUAGCCAAAGUAGAUGAUGAUACUUUUGUCGAUAUAUUUCAUUUGACACGCUAUUUAGAACUGAAACAUACCCAAUUAAAUGGUUCAUUCUACUGUACUGCUACAAGUAAUGUUAAAGUUGAACGGCCAAACAGUAUGAAACGUUCUAAAUGGCAAAUAACUGAUAAAGAAUUUCCUGAAAAAAUAUUUCCAACAUAUUGUGAAGGCUUUGGAUAUGUUAUGGAUAUGAAACUAGCGCCAUACUUAUACUGGUGUUCAAUGUUCAAACCACCCAUAUGGAUAGAUGACGUCUAUGUAACGGGAAUUUUAGCCCAAAAUUUAGGCAUACCAAGAGUGCCAUUUCAAGAUGGACAUAGUUAUUUUAAAUUGAAACCUGCGAAAGAAGAAGGUCUGUUUGCAGACUCUAUAUUUCUAGUAUCAUUCUACAAUGAAUUCUAUCCACUUACAGUACAAGAUAUGUGGCGUGAAGCAGUUGCACACAGUAUGGAGAUUGAUUAGAUGACAUACGUUUCCCUGCCGCCUAACCAAUAACUUGAAGACGGUCGCGUGACAACUAUAUAUGUUUGACCAGAUUAUUCAAAAUGUCUAGAUCAAAUACAUCACAUUUUUCAGAUCAA